AACAAUUUCAGUGAGAACAGUUCAAAUUUCUAAAAAAUAAAAUCAAAAUGAAAUUCCUAGUUGUUAUCUUCGCCUUCGCAGCAGUGGCAUUCGCUGAUGUCUCACAUUUAAAUAAUAUGUACUUGCCGCCUGUACAUCAUGGAUCACAUCCAGCUGCUUCUGAUAAUGUACCCGUAGCAGCACCACACAGCGUUGAUUAUACACAACAAGCUGAGGAUAUACCAGCAGCAAUUGGUGCUGACACUUAUACUCCCGCACAUUUAAUUGAAGCCGAACAAGAACAUCAAGCUUCAAACAAUUAUGCAGCAGAUGUACCAGCACCUGUAGAAGCCGUCGAAGAACAACAAAGUAUCGAUCAGAACACUGUAGAAGUUGCAGAAGAAACCAGAAUACCAACAAUAAUCGGCGCUAAUACAUAUACACCAUCCCAUCUCUUGGGCAAUGAUGAACCACAACAAAUUCAACCUGAAGCCAGCAAUGAUCAGUUGUCAGCCGUACCAGUCGGUGAAUAUGUAGCUGAAUCCCAUAACAUCGUACAUCACCAACAUCAAGCCGAUUCAGGUAUUGAUACACAGUACGGCUCAAACGGUGGUUAUGUCUAUUAAAAUUUCAAAAAUAAGGUGUUUGUGAUAAUGUUUAAUGA